AUGUUGGUGGCAAAUAUCGGCACUGCUGGUAUGGACCUUCGGUCGGAAAAGGGAGGCAGCAGUGUUGGAACUUUGGGAAGAUUUGGAAAAUUCUUUCACAGCUCGACAGGAACACGGCCUGUGAUUCACAGACCUGUAACUACCCCCUCGUAUACGACUCUUGGCGACCAUUCUGCGCUCACUGAUUUCUUAGCUUCCAACAACAUCUCCGCCGCUCAGAUUCAUCAAGACUACCAAAGACGAGUGAGACAAGCCGAGCAAGAGGCGGCUGCGAACGAACCGGCAGAUGAACUCGAGGAGGCAGAUGAAUAUGAAGACAAUGACGGCGAAACGGCCGAGCAGAGAAAGAAACGCAAGCGAAAGGAGGCAGCGAUGCUCACAAAGAUCAAGCAGAGCAAGGAGUUCGCUCGCCGCAAAGCCCGCCGCACUGGGGAACCCGAUGACGACGACGAUGUCAUUGCUAGAGAAAUGAUGUAUCAAAAAUCCCGACCGAUGCCAGGCCAACUUGAGAAUUGUGAGCUGUGCAAUAAGCGUUUCACGGUCACUCCAUACAGCAAAAGCGGCCCCAAUGGUGGUCUCCUCUGCGCCAAAUGUUCCAAAGAGGUAGCAGACGAUGAAAGAAAAUCAAAAGCUAAGAAGCAAGUGCCAAGAAGUGGUCGUCGGCAGAAUCAAAGCAACUUGCUUGACGGAAUCGUUCAGCAAGGUGCUCUCAGUUUGGUCGAGAUGUGUGCAAAGAAAGUUGCUGAUAACCACAACGACAUCGAAGAAUUUGGGGACUUACCGUCACGGUUGCUUCGGCGCCUUAGCCAGAUAUUUUCCAAGAGGCGGAUUCUUACAUCAAGGACUUUGAACUUGUUCCUGCGACCUGAACUGAAUUUCAUUGACAUCUACGAUGCGGCUAAACUCGAAACGGACGACUUUCACAAAAUAUUCGCUAUUAUGCCGGCCUUAAAUCGUGUCAAUCUCCGAUUUGCGGGCCAAAUCAAAGACAGAGUUGUUGAAUACAUGAUUGACCGGGAUCUCCAAGUCAGGCAACUGCAGUUAGAUGCCGCUAACCUUGUCUCUGAUACUUAUUGGCGGCGGCUCUUCCAGAAAUUGGGAUCACAGCUCGAAAGCCUGAAACUGUCGAAUCUUGACUUUUCCUUUGAUGAGGAAACCGUGGAGACACUGUGUAGAAACUGCACAGCCCUCAAAAGACUAAAGCUGAAGCAAUGCUGGAAAAUUGGUAGCAAUUCUCUACGGGCAAUUUCAACUUUACCAACGCUUGAACACUUGUCUCUCGAUACUGUCCAAGAGUUGGAGAUUGAACCCUUUUUACAGAUGGUCAAUACGCUUGGCCCGAAUCUACGCACAUUAUCCCUGGAGGGCUUCCGCAACGCUGAUGAUCGGCUUUUGGAUAUUAUUCAUGACAAAUGUCGGUUGCUUUCAAAACUCCGUUUUUCAGACAAUGCUCUGUGCAGCGACAGAGGCUUUGUCAACCUGUUCACGAAUUGGGCCAAUCCUCCCUUAAGAUUCGUGGAUUUGUCGUCCACGCGAGACGUGGAUAAUGCUAACCCUGAUGGUCCUGUCGAGGCAAUUGGGCUCGCAUCUCAAGGGUUCAUUGCGCUCAUGAACCACUCAGGCUCGACCCUUCAGAAACUGAACAUCACAUCGUGCCGUCACAUAUCACGUGCUGCUUUCGAGGAGGUGUUUUCAGAAGAAAAGACAUACCCGUUCCUGCAGGAACUGGACGUAUCCUUUCAUACGGUCAUGGAUGAUUUCCUCAUUGGUAAAAUAUUCCAAUCCUGUCCAGCGAUCAAGAAAGUUGUGGCUUUUGCAUGUUUCAAUGUGCGCGAUGUCCAGGUUCCAGUUGGCGUUGCAUUGGUUGGAGGCUUGAAGACCCAGCACUCCAUUCAUUGA